GACGAGCACACGCCGUACCGGGACCGGCUGGCGAUGUUAGCUCCAUCUGCAUGCUUCCAAAACACUUCAUUUGCUGAUCUGGAAUCUCUAUCUUUUCAGCACUCGCCUGCUAAUCCUUUACUCCAUGUCCCAUUUUCUAAAUUUUUAGUCUUUCUUCGAACUUGAAUUCUGAAAAAGAUUAAAUCAAAAGCCCUUCUCCUUUCUCUCUUUCGAUUUCUCCGACUUUCCAAUGGUCCUCAUCUGGCAAGCAAGAUCCACUGCUGCGCGGUUAUUUAAUCGGGGCUUAUCUUUUUCGACUGUAAUCCGUCGCCGGAACUGUCCGCCUAAUCCUCCGCCGGUGCUGUUUCCACACUGUGGGCCGAAACGAUGUUUUGGAUCGGCUAGGGCUGAUGAGAGCGUCUCCCCUCAGUACGAUGAUUGUAGGAAUCAGGUCUUGGAUUUUCCCGGCGGAAAGGUUAUGUUCAUUCCAGAGAUGAGAUUCCUAUCGGAGUCCACAGGCGAGAGAAUAAGCUGCUAUAGAGUUCUUGAUGACAAUGGGCAAACAAUAUCAGGCAGCAGUUUUCAGGAGUUAAAUAAAGAAACAGCAGUGAAAAUGUAUAGGGACAUGAUCACACUACAAAUCAUGGACACCAUCUUCUAUGAAGCUCAGAGACAAGGAAGAAUAUCCUUCUAUCUCACUUCGACCGGAGAAGAAGCCAUUAAUGUUGCAUCCGCAGCUGCUCUUAGCAAUGAAGACGUCAUCUUUCCUCAGUAUAGGGAGCCCGGCGUCCUCUUAUGGAGGGGCUUCACUCUUCAAGAGUUUGCAAACCAAUGCUUUGGCAAUAAAUCGGACUAUGGUAAAGGAAGGCAGAUGCCAAUUCAUUAUGGAUCGAAAAAGUAUAAUUAUUUCACCAUUUCGUCGCCAAUUGCGACACAGCUUCCACAAGCUGUUGGAGCUGCUUAUUCCCUCAAGAUGGAUAGGAAGAAUGCCUGUGCUGUCACUUAUUUCGGUGACGGAGGCACAAGUGAGGGAGACUUCCACGCCGCACUAAAUUUUGCUGCUGUUACCGAGUCUCCUGUAAUCUUCUUCUGUCGCAACAAUGGUUGGGCAAUUAGCACUCCCACCAUAGAACAAUUUAGAAGCGAUGGUGCCGUCAUACGAGGCCAAGCUUAUGGCAUUAGGAGCAUUCGGGUGGAUGGAAAUGAUGCUCUUGCUGUAUACAGUGCAGUUCAUUUAGCCAGAGAGAUGGCUGUAUGUGAAGCCAGGCCAAUUUUAAUUGAGGCACUAACCUACAGAGUUGGACAUCAUUCAACAUCCGACGACUCGACGAAAUACCGGCCGGCUGAUGAAAUCGAGCAUUGGAGAUCAGCCAGAGACCCUAUUUCCAGAUACAGAAAGUGGAUUGAGAGGAAUGGCUGGUGGUGUGAUGAUGCUGAAUCUGAGUUUAGAAUGAGUGUCAGGAAAGAGUUAUUGCAAGCAAUUCAGGCUGCAGAGAGAGCGCAAAAGCCGCCAUUGGAAGAAUUAUUCACUGAUGUUUAUGACAUUGUGCCUUCGAACCUGCGAGAACAGGAGCAAGUUCUUCGCCAAACCGUUAAGGAACAUCCUGGGGAUUACCCGUCUGAUGUGCCUGUUUAGCUUAAUUGAGUUUAAUACCUUGAUUAAGGGUAUUAGUUUAUGUACCUAAUUUUUUAUAAUUCCCCCAGUGAUGAUAUUUAUAAGUCAGUGAUUCAUGGGGGAAAACAAAUUGCAAAUUUUAAAAAUAAAUUGAGAGGCUGUAGUUUCACAAUCAUCGUUGUCCUCAUUUUAGCAGCACAAUGAGUCAUCAACAUCUUCAAAACAUUUUUUUCUUGCCUUUAUGCUUCCUCCCAUUUUGCCUUCACUAAACUAUAACCCAAGGACAUUAUACUACAACCAUUUGGAAGGGAUAGGUUAGUUAAACCAUUUACAUUUUCUGUAAUU